AUGGCCGCUGGACCAGCAAAGAGAGCUGCCGCUGCAGCGCUGAACAAGGCCGCAAAGACAGCAAAAGGGAAAGCGACCGUCCCGACACCCUCACCAUUGCGACCAGCGCCGACAUCGCCAACAGCAGCAACAGCGAAGCCAGCAAAAGCGACAGGAGUGAAAGCUUCAACGAGCCCCUUGUCACAGGCGCCUCCACCUCCGCCAACAACCAAACCGGCUCCAGUGUCAUCGCCAUCACCACACCCGGCCCCACUAACAAACGAGUUGAUCAGAGGAGAGACAUCAGGGACACCACCGCCGCCAGGAGGAGCAGGAGGAGGACAAGAAGGGCAACAAGAAACGGGAGAAGAACUACCACCACAGCAAGAACCCCCUCGUUCUCCCUUUUCCAAAUGGAAAGCCGCCGUCUGGACACUGGCUUUCACAGCCAUAACCGUGACGGGAACGAUUUACGGCGCGGGGCUUAAGACGCAGAAGGAGUGGGAAGAGGAAAAGCAAAAAGUCCAAGAAGCCACAGCCGAAGAUAAAAUCGAGAUCCUCGCCAACCGCCGCGCCCAGCUGUUCAAGACCAAGAUCGAGAUCGAGCAGAAGCUGGCUGAUGUGCGGGAGCGCAUGAGGCUGGAGAAGGAGAAAGAGGAGAAAGAGAAGAGUGGGAAGGUGGCUAUGCCGAGGAGGUAG